AUGGAGGUCGACACCACAUCAUCAGCCACCNCCAAACCCGCUGUCGUGAACCUUACCACACUGAACUCUGGUUCGGCCGAGCAAGAAAAGGCCGAACCCGAGAUCGAUUUUUCUCCUCUCGCCCAAAUGAUCCGCUCCCUCUACUCUGGCCACUACCAAAACUUCUUCCACGCCCUCAGCACAGUCGAGACUCAAUUCCUCGCCCAAGACCGUUACCUCUACGAGCAUCGUCGCUGGUACGUCAAGGAGAUGCGCCUGCGUGCUUAUGCACAAUUGUUGCAAAGUUACAAGGUCGUGGGUCUGGAGAGCAUGGCUCAGAGCUUUGGUGUCAGUGUUGAUUGGCUGGACCGUGAUCUGGCUCCUUUCAUUGCCAGCCAGCGCCUUCCUUGCACUAUCGAUCGCGUCAAGGGUGUCAUUGAGACACAACGUGCUGGUGACAAGAACAAGCAGUAA